GUAGCAAAUUUCAUUCCUCUUUGAUCAAAUAAACAAUCCUUGGUUAAAACCCUCCCAAAACCCUUUUAGCUGCUCCGCCAUUCUUAUUUACCUUCAUUUUCUUUUUCCGAACCGAUCAUGUCAAAAACGCUGAAUCUAAUAAAAACCAACGCUUCCAACCCCAAGGUAUGGAUUGUGGCGGGAAUAACGGUGGCCGGAAUUAUAGUGGUCGCGGAGACCCGUAGAAGGAGGAAAAAAGCGAUGAUCAUCAAAAGAGAAGAUUUUGGCGCUUUCAUGGAACGCUUCGAAUUGAUUCCUUUUCCUCAGCCUCCGCCGCCCGCCGCCAAACUUCCACUAUUGGGCCUUACGUUUGCCAUCAAGGACAUAUUUGAUGUGAAGGGUCACGCGACGGGGUUUGGGAAUCCCGAUUGGCAAAGAACACACGAGGUUGCUGACAAGACGGCGGUUGUGGUCACUGCUUUGUUGAAAAACGGGGCUAAAUGUGUUGGCAAGACAGUUAUGGACGAACUGGCUUUCGGAAUAACUGGGGAAAAUAAGCACUAUGGGACACCUACAAAUCCAAACAUGCCGUCAAAUGUUCCAGGAGGUUCUUCAAGUGGUUCUGCUGUUGCAGUUGCUGCUGAACUUGUGGACUUUGCUCUAGGUACUGAUACAAUUGGUUGUGUGAGAGUUCCUGCAUCAUUUUGUGGUAUUCUUGGGUUCCGUCCAUCUCAUGGAGCUGUAUCUACGAUUGGAGUUCUUCCAAAUUCACAAAGCUUGGAUGCUAUUGGAUGGUUUGCUCGUGAUCCAUCUAUUCUACAUCGUGUUGGGAAUGUUUUAUUGCAACUAAAAGCAGUGGAACCCAGAAGGGGAAGGCACCUUGUCUUUGCUGAUGACUUAUUCCAGCUUUCAAAGGUUCCCAAGCAAAAGACAGUGCAUGUUAUUAGCAAAGCAGUUGAAAAGCUUUCUGGCUAUCAGCUGCCAAAGCAUGUCAACUUUUGUCAGUUUAUUGCUUCGAAUGUACCCAGUCUAAAGGGUUUUUUUCAACAUUCCACAAACCUGCAAAAUGGAAUUUCUGCUUUGCAAGCCCUUUCAUCUGCAAUGGUGUCAUUACAAAGAUAUGAAUUUAAAACAAACCAUGAAGAAUGGCUUAAAGAUGUUAAACCAAGACUAGGACCUGAAGUUUCUCGUUGUGUUCUUGCUGCAAUCAACAAUACAUACGAGAAUGUAAAAAGUUUGUACAAAGUCAGGACUGAGAUGCGGGCUGCAACGCAAAGUCUUCUAAAGGAUGAUGGGAUAUUAGUUAUUCCCACGAUUGCGGAUCCUCCACUAAAGCUUAAGAAAGGGAGUUCCACCGAGUUUCAUGAUAGAGCAUGUGCUUUAUUGAGUGUUGCUAGCAUGUCUGGGUGCUGUCAGGUUUCUGUUCCAUUAGGAGAGCAUGAUGGUUGUCCUAUUUCUGUUUCAUUUGUCACAUACCAUGGAGCAGACAAAUUUCUUCUUGAUACAGUUUUGGACAUGUAUGCUUCUCUGCAAGAACAAGUCAGCAUGGCAUCCAAUUCGGCACCAUUGCCUGAUCUCAAUGGUAAUAUGGAUGCUUCUGAACUGUUGAAGGAAAAGGGAAAUGCUGCUUUUAAGGGAAAGCAAUGGAACAAGGCAGUUAAUUAUUACACUGAAGCUAUUAAGUUAAAUGGGACAAAUGCAACAUACUAUAACAACCGGGCAGCAGCUUACUUGGAACUAGGAUGCUUUCAGCAAGCUGAAGAGGACUGCAAUAAGGCAAUAUCACUUGACAAAAAGAAUGUGAAGGCAUAUCUGAGACGUGGGACAGCCAGAGACUCACUACUCUGUUAUAAAGAGGCCCUUGAAGAUUUCAAACACGCAUUGGUUCUAGAGCCUCAAAAUAAAGUAGCCAACCUCGCAGAAAGAAGACUACGAAAACUGGUUAGUUGAUACUGCUCUUCUCUGCUUCGCUUCUUGUCUAACAAAUACGAAACAAGGUUGAUCGAAGAUAGGCGCAAUCUUUGUGCAAUUUACCCGAACCUUCGGUAAACGGAAAAUCAAAGUAAAAGCAUGUUGGUUAGAGGGUGCUGCUGGUGCAGUUUUUGGCCGCAAUUUCUUUUCCUUCGACACAUUGUUUCUGUGUAAUCAGUAUAUGUUCGACCUAUGCAAUCUUGUUGAGACACCAAUACAAUUAAAAGUUAUUCAACUGCUAGUUUAGCAUUUAUGUUGAAUAGGAAAAAGGAAAAAAAAAGUGGGGGUUAAAAAGUU